GCCGCCCCGCCCCCCGCGCAGGGCGGGCUCGGCGCGCUUAUUCCGCCCCGAGGAGCGCAGCCGCGGGCUAGCCGCUGGCCGCCGCUGCGGGAUGCUGCGCUCCACGUCCACCGUCACCCUGCUCUCGGGCGGCGGCGCCGGGGCGCCCAGCAGGAGGGCAAAUGUCUGCAGACUGCGGCUGACUGUACCUCCCGAGAGUCCAGCUCCAGAGUCAGGUGAAAAGAAGGUCGAAAGAAAAGAACAACGUCCUGACUUAAGCAAUGGAGAACCGACCAGGAAACUUCCCCAGGGUGUUGUCUACGGUGUCGUGCGGAGAUCAGAUCCCAACGAACAGAAAGAAAUGGUGGUGUAUGGGUGGUCCACCAAUCAGCUGAAAGAAGAGAUGAACUACAUCAAAGACGUGAGAGCCACUUUGGAAAAAGUAAGGAAGCGAAUGUAUGGAGACUACGACGAAAUGAGACAGAAGAUUCGACAGCUCACCCAGGAACUGUCAGUUUCACAGGCUCAGCAGGAGUAUCUGGAGAAUCACAUCCAGACACAGUCGUCGGCCCUGGACAGCUUUAAUGCCAUGAACUCAGCCUUAGCAUCGGACUCCAUCGGCCUGCAGAAAACCCUCGUGGAUGUUACUUUGGAAAAUAGCAACAUUAAGGACCAGAUCAGAAAUCUGCAGCAGACCUAUGAAGCAUCCAUGGACAAGCUGCGGGAAAAGCAGAGGCAGUUGGAGGCAGCGCAAGUUGAAAAUCAGCUGCUGAAAAUGAAGGUGGAAUCCUCCCAGGAAGCCAACGCCGAGGUGAUGCGAGAGAUGACCAAGAAGCUGUACAGCCAGUACGAGGAGAAGCUGCAGGAAGAGCAGCGGAAGCACAGUGCCGAGAAGGAGGCUCUGCUGGAAGAAACCAAUAGUUUUCUGAAAGCUAUUGAAGAAGCCAAUAAAAAGAUGGAGGCGGCGGAGAUCAGCCUAGAGGAGAAGGACCAGAAGAUUGGAGAGCUGGACAGGCUGAUUGAGCGCAUGGAAAAGGAACGCCAUCAACUACAGCUACAGCUCCUGGAGCAUGAAACAGAAAUGUCAGGGGAAAUAACUGGUUCUGACAAGGAAAGGUAUCAGCAGCUGGAGGAGGCAUCUGCCAGCCUCCGGGAACGGAUCAGACACCUAGACGACAUGGUGCAUUGCCAGCAGAAGAAAGUCAAACAGAUGGUUGAGGAGAUCAUGUCACACGAGCUCUUCUCCAGAUUUAGUCUCCGGUUCUUUGGAAGAUGAUAAAAUGGUAGCCUGGGUUGGAAGCCAUUGUGUUUAUUCUUCGUGAUUAGAAGAAUCUUGUACUUUCUCGGCUGGGAAGAGGUGGCAUGUAUUGGUGAUGAGCCCAACGAACAAAACAGGAAGGACAUGAUGUGGAAGGAAAAAUUGACCACGUAGGGCUCUCAUUUGUGAAAACACCACACAUUGUCACCUCAACCUGUCCAGCCUCACACUGCAGAGACAAGAGAACUCAAAGAAUAUUUUUAGAAACGUGGGUUCCUAGACAUCAAAGAAAGAACUGCAAUGAAAAAUAGUACUAAACUAUAAUUCAGGAAGUGCCAGGUGGAGGCUGGUUCUGAGAUCUCGGAAAAUGAAGCCUUACCUACAGAAAAGCGGCCGAGCACACCUGCUAAGGAGCUGGGAAGCAGGCUUGAAGAACUCCUCCCGUGUUCCAGGAAGGAAAUGCUCCCCUCCAGAUCACAGUCCAGACAAUACUGAAGAAGUGUAGUUUGAUUAUAUUUGCAUGUGGGAGGUGGCCCUGAGGAUGUCCUUCCUGAAUGGAGAUCAAAAGCGCGAGUCAAUUUAGCUUUCUUUUUGCUUAAGCCAGGUUUGGUCUGCUUUUUAUCCCCAUGAGCAAUCUACCUGAGUAGACGCUUCAGCUAACUUCAUGAGAAGGAGAAGUGUAUCUGAGGAAAAGAGACAUCUAUUUGACUGAAAUAUAUUAAAGUGAAAUAUAUUGCACAGCUGCUUUAUUUUUAUAGAGAUGUCCUUGAGACAAGCCACAGGUGCUGGGAUGUCAUCAAAACUUAACAGUGUUCCUGAAUACGCGUAGUGGUAGCAGCAGUAGGAGUAAUAGUGGGUGGUAUUCGCCUAAUAAGCUAGUGGACGGGGCUGACUUCUCUAAGGGGCUGGGUGUCCCUUCCAUGUUGGGUGGUUCUCUGCUCUGACUUCUCCCUGGCAAAGUGGGUUUCCUGUUAAUACUUGUCUUUGUGUCUCAUUCAGAUUCUUUUGCUCCACUUUAGCAAGUAGGCAGUGCAUGGGAAGGAAGCCAUGGAUUCUAGGGCUAGAGUUUUGUCUCUUGGCCACUCACAACCCCACCCAAAGGAGGUGCCACUCUGAAGUUUGAGGCAGGAUUCAUUUUUGGUAACUAAAAAUGUUUCAAAUUCUCAUGGUCGACAUAUUAUUCACUUCUUUAUUUUGAAAUCUUGGAUACACUAAAAUGUGAAGGUUUUAGAAGGUACCAGGAAGCUCACCACGUGUGUGAGACUUGUUUUUUUCUGUGCAUUAUGGAAAUAUUGCAGGUUCAUUUUAUGACGUGUGCUCAUUAAUAUAUUUACGAUACUAAUUGUUCUUUUGAGGGAGAAGGUUCUUUUGUUUGCAAAUGCCAUUGAAUUCACUUUCUCUUUCUUGAGAUUGUUUCUAAUUGGCUGUAAAAUAUUUCUCAGGGUCCUGGGUGCCCACAUUCUGCCUGUAGUUUGUACAGCUACACUCUUGUUCUAAGUAACUACCAGCUACAGAAUGUUUCUCACAUCUCAAACCCAUGCAUCUAGGCCUAACAUUCCCACACGAAUCCUCUACGGGGCAUAUUAUUAGCACAAUUUUUUUUUAAUCCCAGAAAACUAAAACUUAAAAGUAACAGGUGGUCUCUCAGCAAAUGAUGGUGCUCCUGGGGCCACAGCAAGACCUUUGGCUCCAAAGCCAGUGUGCAUUCUUUCACUUGUUUUUUAUUUGCUUCUUUUUUUUUAAUUGAAAAAAUUGUAAAUAUGGAAAAUCAUAGAGAAUGCUAGAAACAAAGACCCAUGUAUUGUCCUCUAGAAUUGAGUGUUAACAUUUUGGCAUAUUUCAGGUUUCUUUCAAGUCCUAGAAAACAUUACAGACGAAGAAUUGUCUUUUUAUUCCUCUGAUCUUUUUCCAUCUUCUCUACUCUCUCCCUCUUCAGAAGCAAUUUGUUCUCCAUCCAGGGCACGUUCUGAUGCUUUUACUACGUACAUAUGUAUUUGUCAUCAGUAUUUAGCCUAACUUCGGUGUUUACAAAUGGAUGUACAUUUUUAUUUAUAAUAGAUAAGUAGAUUUUAUUGUACCUCUUAUUCAACUUUUCCCCCAGUUACAUUCUUGU